AUGGGUACCGAGAGGAAAAGGAAAGUUAGUUUGUUCGAUGUCAUGGACGAUCCGUCAGCUCCAGCGAAGACAGUCAGAAACAAUGGAAUCGCCGACGUCAACAGUUUGAUCAAUAAAUGGAACGGAAAGCCGUAUUCGCAGAAGUAUUAUGAGAUACUGGAGAAACGGAGGACUCUACCAGUCUGGCUACAGAAAGAGGAGUUUCUCAAAACUUUGAACAGCAAUCAAACCCUAAUUCUGGUCGGUGAGACUGGUAGUGGUAAAACUACCCAGAUUCCACAGUUUGUGAUAGAUGCUGUAGAUGCUGAAACCUCGGAUAAGCGUAGGAAGUGGUUGGUUGGAUGCACACAGCCUCGUAGAGUUGCAGCCAUGUCUGUGUCCCGUCGUGUUGCUGAUGAGAUGGAUGUAGCCAUUGGGGAGGAAGUUGGUUACAGCAUCCGUUUCGAGGAUUGCAGUAGCCCCAGAACAGUGCUUAAGUACUUGACUGAUGGUAUGCUGCUCAGAGAAGCAAUGGCUGAUCCUCUUCUAGAGAGAUACAAGGUGAUUAUUCUCGAUGAGGCCCACGAAAGGACUCUAGCUACAGAUGUGCUGUUUGGUCUUCUGAAAGAGGUGUUGAAAAAUAGGCCUGACCUUAAGUUAGUUGUGAUGAGUGCAACUUUAGAAGCUGAGAAGUUUCAGGAGUAUUUCAGCGGUGCGCCUCUUAUGAAAGUUCCUGGUAGGCUUCAUCCCGUUGAGAUCUUCUACACUCAGGAGCCUGAGAGGGACUAUCUUGAGGCUGCUAUUAGGACUGUUGUCCAGAUACACAUGUGUGAGCCACCUGGUGAUAUUCUUGUUUUCUUGACUGGGGAGGAAGAGAUUGAAGAUGCAUGCCGCAAAAUCAAUAAAGAGGUUGGUAAUCUUGGGGAUCAAGUGGGGCCUAUCAAAGUUGUGCCAUUGUAUUCCACUCUUCCACCUGCGAUGCAGCAGAAGAUAUUUGAUCCUGCUCCAGAGCCGGUAACAGAAGGUGGUCCUGCUGGGAGAAAGAUUGUUGUCUCCACCAACAUUGCUGAGACUUCUUUAACUAUUGAUGGGAUUGUUUACGUCAUUGACCCUGGCUUUGCUAAGCAAAAAGUCUACAACCCACGAAUCCGUGUUGAGUCUUUGUUGGUGUCCCCGAUAUCGAAGGCAAGUGCUCACCAGAGAUCAGGUCGUGCCGGUAGAACACGGCCUGGAAAAUGUUUCAGGCUCUACACAGAGAAGAGUUUCAACAAUGACUUGCAGCCACAGACUUAUCCUGAAAUAUUGAGGUCAAAUCUUGCAAACACGGUACUGACUUUGAAGAAACUGGGCAUAGAUGACUUGGUGCACUUCGAUUUCAUGGAUCCCCCUGCUCCAGAGACGCUGAUGCGAGCCUUGGAGGUUUUGAAUUAUUUGGGAGCUCUUGAUGACGAAGGUAACUUGACAAGGACGGGUGAGAUAAUGAGCGAGUUCCCCUUGGAUCCACAGAUGGCAAAGAUGCUCAUAGUCAGUCCAGAAUUCAACUGCUCCAACGAGAUACUCUCGGUUUCAGCAAUGCUCUCAGUACCGAAUUGCUUUAUCCGGCCUAGAGAGGCCCAAAAAGCAGCAGAUGAAGCUAAAGCUAGGUUUGGACACAUUGAUGGGGAUCACCUGACGUUGCUUAACGUAUACCAUGCCUUUAAGCAAAACAAUGAAGACCCAAACUGGUGCUACGAAAACUUCGUCAACAAUAGAGCAAUGAAAUCUGCAGACAAUGUUAGACAGCAGCUGGUCCGGAUAAUGUCAAGAUUCAACCUGAAGAUGUGCAGCACUGAUUUCAAUAGCCGCGACUACUACAUCAACAUAAGAAAGGCCAUGCUUGCCGGUUAUUUCAUGCAAGUGGCUCACUUGGAACGCACUGGACAUUACUUGACCGUCAAAGAUAAUCAGGUGGUUCAUUUGCAUCCAUCCAACUGCUUGGAUCACAAACCGGAGUGGGUAAUCUACAACGAGUAUGUUUUGACUAGCCGGAAUUUCAUCAGAACUGUGACAGAUAUUCGCGGUGAAUGGCUAGUAGAUGUUGCUCCUCAUUAUUACGAUCUUUCCAAUUUUCCAACCUGUGAGGCAAAACGUGUCCUCGAGAAGCUUUACAAGAAGAGAGAGAGGGAGAAGGACGAGAGCAAGAACCGCAAGUGA